UUGGCAACGUGGGACUCUGAGAAAGGACUGAAUGGUAGUCUUCAAGAACGACGUCUGGGCAAUGACUUGCAAGGACUGACACUCAAAGUGGUGACUGUCUUGGAAGAACCUUUUGUGAUGGUGGCAGAGAACAUACUUGGGCAACCAAAACGUUAUAAAGGAUUUUCCAUUGAUGUCCUGGAUGCGCUUGCCAAGAAUCUGGGUUUCAAGUAUGAGAUAUAUCAAGCUCCUGAUGGCAAAUAUGGACAGCAGCUUCAAAACAGCUCCUGGAAUGGCAUGAUUGGAGAACUCAUUAACAAGAGAGCAGACCUAGCCAUCUCAGCCAUCACUAUAACACCAGAACGGGAGAGCGUUGUGGACUUCAGCAAGCGGUACAUGGACUAUUCCGUGGGGAUCUUAAUCAAAAAGCCUGAAGAAAAAAUCAACAUCUUCUCUCUCUUUGCUCCUUUUGACUUUGCGGUGUGGGCUUGCAUUGCUGCAGCCAUCCCUAUAGUUGGUGUCUUGAUAUUUGUCUUGAACCGCAUCCAGGCAGUCAGGGCACAGAACGCUUCCCAGCCGAGCCCUUCUGCUUCUUCCACCCUCCACAGUGCCAUCUGGGUCGUGUAUGGCGCCUUUGUUCAGCAAGGGGGCGAAUCUACUGUCAAUUCUGUGGCUAUGCGCAUUGUAAUGGGAAGCUGGUGGCUCUUCACCCUUAUCGUGUGCUCUUCCUACACAGCGAACUUAGCAGCAUUUCUCACAGUAUCAAGAAUGGAUAAUCCUAUAAGAACAUUUCAGGAUCUGUCCAAACAAAUGGAUAUAUCUUAUGGUACAGUCAGGGAUUCAGCAGUGUAUGAAUACUUUAAAGCAAAAGGGACAAACCCUUUGGAGCAGGAUAACACAUUUGCUGAACUGUGGAGGACUAUCAGUAAGAACAAUGGGGCAGAUAAUUGUGUAUCGAACCCUUCUGAAGGCAUCAGGAAGGCAAAGAAAGGAAACUACGCUUUCCUGUGGGAUGUGACAGUGGUGGAAUAUGCCGCGCUGACGGAUGAUGAAUGCUCUGUGACAGUCAUUGGAAACAGCAUCAGCAGCAAAGGAUACGGGAUAGCACUCCAGCAUGGAAGCCCCUACAGAGAUCUUUUCUCCCAGAGGAUCUUAGAGUUGCAAGAAAGCGGAGAUUUGGAUGUUCUUAAACAGAAAUGGUGGCCACGAAUGGGACGUUGUGACCUGAAUAGCCAUACCAAUGCACAGACAGAUGGGAAGGCACUCAAGCUUCACAGUUUUGCAGGCGUUUUCUGCAUUUUAGCAAUAGGCCUUCUACUUGCAUGUUUGGUGGCAGCAUUGGAGUUGUGGUGGAACAGCAACCGUUGUCAUCAAGAAACACCGAAAGAGGUCCAUAAUUUUUAUUCUUAUCACAAUUAA